AUGUAUUCAAAUCUCAAUAAACAUUAUCUUUUCAUAAUACAUUUACUUGUAUUUCUUUUGUUAUGUAUCAGCCAUAAUAAUAAUAUUUUUCUCAUUCUCAAAAAACAAAUUAAUUGUGGAGGUAGUUGUGUUCUUGCCGACGAGGAACAGAAAAGUAUAUAUGAGAAGGAUUUGGUUUCUACUUCAAUAACGUAUCAGGAAAUAAUCGAUCAUCACGAUAGAUUUUUAAAACCAAAUGCAAGCGCUAUUAAAUAUUUUGAUGGUGGUCCUACUCUAGCGUAUGUCACGCCUUGGAAUAGUCAUGGAUACGACAUUGUAAAAAUGGUUAAAGGAAAAUUUGAAUAUGUGAGUCCAGUAUGGUAUAAUAUUAUUCGAAGACCUCACCUAAGAAAUAAAUAUGAUCUAACGGGUGCUCAUGACGUAGACCAAACCUGGAUUUCGGAAAUACGCUCCAAUAACAAAAAACAAAAAUAUGGAAAAAUAGUGCCAAGAUUUCGUACACAAUCAUGGACAGAAACGGACUAUUUAUCACUAUUAAGCAGUCAUGAUGAGAUGCAACAAUUCGCGAAAGUACUAGCUGAUGAAUGUCACACACAGAAUUUCGAUGGAUUAGUAUUGGAAAUGGGAAUUGCUUCGAUAUUCUUAUUAAGAGAUUUAGUGCAAGAAUUGGGCGAAUUGCUGCAUCAACAGGGAAAAGAAUUGAUUUUGGUGGUGUCGCCGAUAAGAACAGGAGUUCCUCCUUCUUUGACUGCGGCACAGUUUGAUGAUUUUAGUUUUUUUGUUGAUCGAUUUUCAGUUAUGGUUUAUGAUUAUUCGACAUCUUUGGGAAACAGCCAAGGACCAAAUGCAGAUAUCAAUUGGGUGGAAGAUAACAUUCUUCACUUUACACCAACAUCACGUAACAGAGAUAAAUUGCUACUAGGAUUAAAUAUGUAUGGUACUGACUACUUGGACUCUAAAAGAUCUGACCCAAUUAUAGGAAAAGAUAUUAUCAAAAUAUUAGAAAAGCAUAAACCAAAAAAGAUUACUUGGGAUAAAGUAUCGGCGGAACAUCAUUUCGAGUAUGUUAAGACUGGUGUGAAACAUGAUGUCUGGUUUCCUACUUUGAAGUCACUUGAGCAAAGAAUAUUAUUGGCCGAAGAUUAUGGCACUGGAUUGUCAUUAUGGGAAGUUGGUCAGGGAUUAGAUUAUUUUUACGAAUUAUUUUGA